GAAAUUUUUGUCACUUCAAACUUGAACUUUGUCACUAUUAAAUACCAAAAGUAGGUCUCCCUCAUUUUAACGAAGAAAAAAAAAAUGAUGAUGCGAUCGCUACUACUACAACAUAGCUCAUGUAUUAGACAAGCUUAUACAUAUUCAACUAUUCCAAAAAAGGCAGCUGGUAGAUUUACAAGUAACAAACUGAUUGCAGAAUCAACCAAGACCAGCUAUAAUGAAGUACAGAGGACUCUGGUGUACAUUGGACCAUUUGCGGAUUCCAUGAAAAAAUACAAAAUGACAGCUUCAUUUUUCGGUAUUUGUGGUAUUAUUGCCGUACCUAGUUUAAUAAGUACAGGGCAGGCACCUGUCUUGAGUGUAGCACUUGGUAAAGAUAUAUGUACACAUAUAUAUUGUUAUUGAAUGCUAAUAUAAGACAUAUCAAUAUA